AUGACUCUUCUUGUUUUUCUUCUUCAUAUUUCUCUUUUGACAUUUCUAUUUUUUUCGGUCAUUCUCCCAGCUCCUGUUGUCUUUGUUGUUGUUGUGUUUCUUCUUCUUUUUUUUUUUCAUCUUCUUUCCUUCUUUAUUUCUUUAAUUUUUUUUCUUGAUUCGUCGUCGAUCUUUUUUCUUUCAAUUUUCUUCAAUCUUUUCUUAUAUAUUCAUUUCAGUUUUUACCUUCUUUUUCUUUCGCUUUUUUCUUCGUUUUUUUUCAUUCCAUUAUUUCCAGCUUUAUUUCUUCAUUCUCUAAAAUCAACUUUUAAGAUUUUUUUUUCAGUGUUUUUCUUUUCUUUUUUCCUUCUUUCAUUUUCUUCUUCAUUUUUUCUUUCGUGCCUUAUUUACUUUUUCUUCAUCAGAUUCUAUGAAAUCUACUCGUGUAUCUCUUCUUCUUCUUCUUCUUCUUCUUCUUCUUCUUUCAGUACUUUCAUUCUUUCUUUUUUCUUUUUUGAUCCUCUUUUUCUUCAUUACAUUCUCUUAAAUCUCGUUUUUUUUUUUUUCAUUAUUUUUCUUUCAACUUUCUUCUUUCACAUUUUUCUUUUCCUUCAUUAA